AUGCAGUGUAUGGAUAACCGGAUUAUAGAAUUGAACCACGUUGCCGAUGGUGGUUCAUCCAGGGUUCUGAAAAAAAUUCUGGUCAUUAAUGGCAACGAAACAUCUGUUGCCAUGAAGAUUGUAAAUAAAAAAUCGAAUGAAGCUGACAGAGAGCUUAAAACUUAUUCCGAGAUAAAAUCCCACGAAAACAUUAUCAAGUUUUAUGAGUCACGUCACGAACCGGAUAAAUCCUAUACAUUUGUUUUAGAAUUUGCGGAGCUGGGAAGUCUACGUGAGGUCUCUGUGAUCUUCGAUGAUCCUGUGACCGAAAAUGUUGAUGCCGUCGCGCUACACGUUUUGAUCGCAUUAUGCGGUUGUGGUUUCAACACUUUUACUUUUAACAUCAUAUUUGCCAUAAGUAUCAAUAUUAAUAUUUAUUCCCAGUUUAGUCGAUAA